AAUUAUUAUUAUUAUAUUGUACAAAAUACACGCACACACAUUAUUAAAAUAAAAUGAACGGUUUAUCAUAUAAGAUUUCCGCGAGGAAUCUUCCCUAUCCCGGGAGAAGACCUUGAUUUGUUACGAACACGAACUUGUAAUCAUGAUUGUAAAUUAAGAGGCCUAUGGAAAAAACUGUUCCGAAUCAAGACUUUAAUAGUGUUUUUAUUGUUCAACUCGACAUUAACACGCUGGUUAUUGCGCGGUUUUUACUUUCGCUGGAGGAUUUUAUUAACAAUAAAUUCUGAAAUUACGAGAAAAAUUGCACGAAUAGUAUGCAAUCUAUGUGAAUGAUGGAAGGAAAGGAAUUUCACCUUUAAAGUUCUCAAUCUAUCGUGAGAGUCACAAAACUUUCGUCGGUGCCCUUGUAUUUCACUAACUUAACCUUACCUGACUCGUUGCAGGAGAAUACGAACGAAAUUGUAAUGGAUUAUUCAUGAAAAUUAUCGCAGCAGCACUUUCUUCUCUUCCCGAUUUUCUUUCGCUGUAUUUCCUUCGCCUUCUCUUCAAGUAUUCGUCUAUUACAAUUACAAUACGUUUGAGGAAUAAUUAAUCACAUUCAGAGGUUAUAUAUAUACACUGGCAAUGAAUCACAAUGCUUAUAACGAGGAUACACGCAGUACGACGUUUUACUAAUUAAAAGAAUACGAAUAUAUUUUUAAAAUAUAUGAAUGUACCAGACGACAAAGUCAGAGCGAAGCGAAAAUAAAUUAAUCGAUUUACGAUCCUUUCGUAAAUACGUGGCGACCGUCAUGAUACUUCGGAUUCGCGCCAAAAUUUAUAAACAGGUACGAAACGUGGAAGUGCUGCCAACAAACGCUCCUCCUUAAAAUAAGCAAUACGGAAUCUGCGUGUAAUGAUAGCUGUCGUGCGAAUUUCGGUACCUUAAAAAGUUGAAUGUUCCAAAGAAAUAUAACGAUAUUUGAGAACUUAAACCGAGAGAAAUAAUUGUGCAUGUAAAUUGGAAAUUGUUUCAGUUUAACCAUGUGUUCAUCUUAUACGCUGAUACUUUCAUUGACGUAAUUUCAUCAAGAUUUAAAAACAUUUUGGAAAUGGAUUGUUUCGGACCUGUAUUAUAAGGACUGCAAGCAUUGGCGACCAUUUGUCGAAAGGAAAUCGUGCAAAUUUACAUGUUAGGACCGCAUUUCGUUAAAAUUCAAGACAGACUUCAGUGACGGAAUAAUGACGCAAAGCAUGAAAGUCUGCAGAGUGGUCGUUCUUAAGCUUCGUUAAUAGUGUCUCCAAGCAUUCGUCCGAACCAGACUGCGCUGUCCCUCCUCUCCUACCUGAGAGGACCGAAAUAGAGCAACCGCAAGACGGACGCGACCGAUGCGACCGACGCGGCAACCGUGUCGUGACCGAACAAUAAACAAUAACACGACGACGCGUGUCACGGGAUAGCGACUACCGCGACCUGUUGCCGGCUGCCAAAAAGAUCUCGCUGGAUACCGCGUGUGUGUUGGUGAAAACGUGAAAUGUUUGUUUCGAAGUGUCUCGUUGCAGAAACGUGGAAUUGUGUGUCAUGGCGGUGAUCGUUGUACAGAAUGGCCACGUUCGCGUACACAUGGCUACAAUGCUGGCUAUCAAGGAGAGAAAGAAGGGGAAAAUCAGGAGCUGACUACGAAGCGGCUUGGCCACGAGGAAACCACUCUCGAUGAGAGGGAGAGAAGAGGGUGGAACGAGUGGCGGUCACCGUGAACCCCGAUCAACUCCCGAUUGGGGUCCUGGUGCACUUAAUGGAGAACAUCUUUGGGUACCGACGUCAGCUUCAGGUGACUUCUGCUACGUCAACGAUUGCGCGAAACAUGGGCCCCGAAUGAAAUGCGCCGCCUGUAGAGUGGUGGCCCAUGCAGUGUGCGCAGUGAGCUUAAGCUUCGCCUGCAAGUCGAGCUUCCGCGACGUUGGGGUCCGUCAAUACCGAGAGCAGACGAACACGCACCACCACUGGGUGCACAGACGGUCCCAGAAGGGAAAAUGCGCGAAUUGCGGCAAGUCGUUCCAAUCGAAGCUGAGCUUCAGCUCAAAGGAGAUCGUCGCGGUGAGCUGCAGCUGGUGCAAGCUAGCUUAUCACAACAAGGAGGCGUGUUUCAACGUGGAGAAGAUAGGCGAGAACUGCGAGUUGGGUGUCCACUCGUCCAUCAUAGUGCCACCGUCCUGGAUAGUGAAGUUACCCAGGAAAGGUAGCUUCAAGAGCAGCUUGAGAAAGUCGCCUAGGAAGAAGAAGUCUGGUGGCAGUGCUGGGGCCAGUAGGAAGAAGUCAAAGGAGAAAGAGAAGGACAAGGAGCAGGACAAGGAUCAGGGUAGAUUAUGGGUGGUGAAACCUAUACCUACACCGGCUGUGAAACCUGUGCUGGUCUUUAUUAAUCCAAAAUCUGGUGGCAACCAGGGAGCCAAGCUACUACAAAAGUUCCAGUGGCUGUUGAAUCCUAGGCAGGUCUUUGAUCUGACGCAGGGCGGGCCAAAAAUGGGGUUGGAAUUAUUCAAGAAAGUUCCUAAUCUUCGAGUCCUCGCUUGUGGUGGCGACGGUACAGUCGGUUGGGUGCUGUCGAUUCUGGAUCAGAUCGGUGCAUCCCCACCACCAGCAGUGGGAGUGCUCCCUCUGGGGACCGGAAACGACCUGGCCAGAGCCCUCGGCUGGGGCGGCGGUUACACGGACGAGCCGAUCGGGAAGAUCCUGACGAACAUCGGAGAGAGCGACACCACAUUGCUGGACAGGUGGCAGUUGCUCGUGGAGAGGAACCCUGACGCGCAGGGCGACGACGAUAACGGCAAAGGCAAAGAGAAUCUACCUCUGAACGUCGUUAAUAAUUACUUCUCCCUUGGUGUGGACGCUCACAUCGCCCUCGAAUUUCACGAAGCUCGAGAGGCGCAUCCAGAGAGGUUCAACUCGCGGUUGAGAAACAAAAUGUUUUACGGUCAGAUGGGUGGUAAAGAUCUUGUGAGGCGGAAGUGGAAGGAUCUAUCGGAAUUCGUGACCCUGGACUGCGACGGCCAGGACAUGACGCCGAAGCUAAAGGAGCAUCGUGUCCAUGCUAUAGUCUUCUUGAAUAUCGCCUCUUACGGCGGUGGAACCCAUCCUUGGGGUGCUGCUAGUGGGACUAAGGAACCAUCGACGGAGGAUGGGUUGAUCGAGGUCGUUGGUUUGACCACGUAUCAGCUUCCACUUCUUCAAGCAGGUGGACAUGGUACCUGUAUUGCACAGUGCAGCACAGCUAAGCUGAUUACCACGAGGACCAUCCCAAUGCAGGUUGAUGGUGAAGCUUGUCGACUGUUGCCAUCCAUUAUAACUUUAAAAUUACUGAACAAAGCGACGAUGCUAGCGAAACGAAGAAAUGCAGGCAAACCCCAACAGGAUGUGAAACUCGAGAGGUUAAAACUACCGGUAAUGAAGAUCAAGAUGUCAGAUUACGAGAGAUAUCACCACGACAAGGAUAUGUUGAAGAAGGCCGCGGUCACGUGGAUUGCGGAUCCACUUGAUCUCGACGCCACCAUGGAUUUAGAAUCCUUGAGGAAGACACUGGCGAAAGACUAUAAUAUGGACACUUGUUGCUUCCUCGACUCGUGCACAGCAGAGCGAUUCUUCAGGAUCGAUAGAGCCCAAGAGCAACUCCAUUACGUGACCGAUGUAGCUGUCGAAGUGCUGUAUCUUCUCGAGGAGAGUGCAACCAAUCAAUCUAGUGAGCUUGAGGGAACGAAGAUGUCCGCGAGUCAAGAACCGGAAACAGCUCAUCCGUCGCCAAGCGAAGAACGACCAACGACAAAUGCAGCCAUGACAGCAGAGCAGCCUAAAGAAGAACAAUCUAAAGAAACGUCAAAGGCGCAGCCAGAUGCGAAACCUCAGGAUGCAGCGCCUGAAACACCAGCUGAGACACCAGUUGAAGCAACAUCUACAGUACCAGCUGAGGCAUCACCUAAAGCACCAGCUAAAACACCAGUUGAAACGCCAGCUGAGACACCAGCUGAAGCACCAGCUGAAGCACCAGCUGAAACGAAAACACAGGAUGAGUCUCAGGAUACUGCGAAACCUCAUGAAUCGAUGAGUAAAGACGCGUCUCAAGAUGCAUCUCUGAAUAUGAAAAAGGAGGAGAAGGUAUCUGGAGACGCGAAUAAGCAAAGCAGUUCUUCAAAAUCGAUCUCUGCGACUGUUGCCGCUCAGACGCAACGUCAGGCACCACCCAUGUUCAUUAGUCCACGAGAUAGACUCUUUAGCCUGAGUUCUGAGGUCCAUACUUUUAACACAAGACUAUUGGAGAAAGCCAGCGACGGUAUUUUGAAAGCUGCGAAAAUCGGUGAUCUACAGGCUUUGAAGGAACUACACGAGAAAGGAUACUCCCUUUUAUCUAUCGACUCUUCUGGACAAACUGCUCUUCACAUGGCCUCGAGAUAUGGUCACAAGGAUAUUGUUAGAUACCUCAUCGCUUGCGCACCACCGACUAUUCUCAAUAUGAUUGACAACGACAAAGGUCAGACCGCUCUGCACAAAGCGGCUCAAUAUAAGCGUCGUUCCAUUUGCUGCAUGUUAGUGGCUGGCGGUGCUUCUUUAAUCAUCAAGGAUCGACGCGGCUACACACCUCGCGAUCUAGCCUUGCAAGCGGAGGAUCGUGACCUCGCAGCGUAUUUAUGCAGUCAAGAGGAGUUCCAGCUGUCAACGGAAGAUAUGGAGAAUGCCCUUUGACCUCCGGCCGUAAUUGGUAGGGCCUGAGCUGAUACCGAAUAGAUUAGGAACAUUCGAUGG